GAAGACAACUACCACAGAAUAUGCGUCGAAAACGAGCUUCAAUCGCAAAUACCGAAAAACCGCUCAAGGAAACUAUUAUACCAUCCGUGAAUAUCCUUUACAGGACUCAUGAUAGCAACAGUGACACUCUCGAAGGCAAUAAUUAUGCAGAAAAAGCGGAUAAGCCCACGUUACCAUCAGCGUCACCUCCCGAAAACCAGGAUGAUGGAGGAGGGUUUUCACAUUGGGUAACAUCUCUAGAUCUUAUUCGAGAGAAGCUCUCAUUUACCCCAGAUGUCAUGUAUAAUCUGAACAAUUUCUUGUUGGGGAAUCCGAAUAUGAAUUCCCCGCAUUUGUUCCGUGCGGAUAUUUUAUAUGACAGUGCCGGGGAACUGAAGACGCCUCGGGAGAAGGAGAGGAUGAUUUUGGGCAAUGAGUCUUCUAGUUAUAGCUCGGAAUCACACCUUCCAUAUACAGAGGCAAAGGCAGAAGCACCGAAUAUUCCCGGGUUUGAGUUGAAACGCACAGUGGUCAGCGAGUUGAUCCCUAGAAAACCGAAACUGGAUAGAUCGUUGAAACAGACUAGUCUUUAUUACGAGGGUGUUUCCUCCUGCUCUUUGAGGCAAGCCGAGGAUGUCGAUGCUGUUGCAGUGCAGAGGGUACUGUAUCUGUUUCUAUCGGAUCUGAAGGGUCUCAAGGAUGUACCGUUCUACCAUCCGCUUAUCCGCGGAUGGGGAUACUUGUAUGAUUAUGAAGACCAUUCCUUUGCUUCGUCGUCCCGUUAUGAAGAAGGAGAGACAGCUGAAGCCUCUGGUAAUGGAACGCUGUCUCUUCAUAUUCUCCCGUUCCCGCCAGCAGAAGGCUACGAUCCAUAUUCAGUUCAACUUGAGCGAAUACUACAAAAUAUGUUAUCGACACAUAUACGUCUUGCACGAAACACGCGUCCUACGGUGUUAUCGACAGAUACAACUCCAUCUACUUCACAACACAAUUCUUCCAAUACAACAGGCACAAAAUUCCAAGACGAAGGCUAUAAUCCCGAUAAAGACAACAUAAUUCCCCGCCACAUGACCCAAAACACAUACUCAAGACUCAAAACCACCUAUUCCCACGACCUAUGUAAACGAUGGGUCGAAACAACAGAACCAUCGAAACAUGUCUUUGAAGAUCUAGCCAUCACAGCAUUUCUAAUCGAGCUUUGGCGAAAUAUGUAUGGAGUUAUCCCAAAGGCUGAAAGGGGUGAACAAGCAGGAGAAGGAGAUGCAAGUAAUGGUGGUGAUAGUUUUCCAGGGUUCGUCGAUAUAGCUUGUGGGAAUGGAGUGCUUGUUUAUGUGCUUCUUAUGGAAGGGUAUGAAGGAUGGGGGUUUGAUGCAAGGCAACGAAAGACGUGGUCAAUUUUUCCGGAGCGGGUUCAGGAUAAGCUUAGAGAGGCUGUUUAUAUUCCUGAGCCUUUUGUGGGGGAGUUUGUUUCGACUAGCUCGAUAACGACAACGACGGCAAAUAGUCAACAGCAAGAAACUGAAAAUUGCGUGGACAAUAUUCGAAUACAUAAUGGCAUUCAUUACACCACUGGAGACUUCUCAAAGGGAACGUUUGUCAUAUCCAACCAUGCCGAUGAGUUGACUGUCUGGACACCACUGCUAGCUGCACUCGCCUGCCCCGAGGACCCCUUACCAUUCCUAUCAAUCCCAUGCUGUUCACAUGCCCUGUCUGGCACGAGAUAUCGCUAUUCCCCACCAAAGAACGAGAAGAGUAGCAACAUCAAGAGCAAUCCUCACCAAAGCGAAGAAAAUCCACAAACAGGAGACCUCAAAGCUCUCCGUACAGAGAAACAAGCAGCUAGUACAUCACUACUAGGCUCCUAUCCCAAUUCAGUCGCCGUCCUGAAUUCGAUGUAUGGCUCACUGACAGUGAAGACGAUGAACGUCGCUAAAGAGGUUGGGUAUGAUGUUGAGAAGACUUUGCUUCGGAUACCGAGUACUAGAAAUAUAGGCGUUAUUGGGGGUCGAAAGAAGGGCCUUGUUCAUAAAAAGCUGGGGAAAGAAGAAUAUAAGGAGACCGUUCGGCGGUCGAUUCAUGAAGUUGUUGAGAGGGAGUGUGUGAUGGAUGGUGGUGUUAGGGCUGCUGCUAGGAUUUGGAUCGAGAGGGCUUUGGGGUUGCAGAAACCGGAUCAUGUCAGACGCAGUUAUGCUAGCUAUUCUAAAUAUGUACAUGUCAACGAUUAG